AUUUAUUUGAAAGGGGGGAUACCUAUAAAAAUCCGUCGGUCAUAACACAUCCUCCGCAUACCUGCUAAAAGUGUUGACCUUGUGAAAACCUCUGCGGAUUUAUAAGCGAUGAAGUUAUACGUGCUGUUGUUGUUUGUGUUGGCCGUGCUCUUGUCAGCUGUGUACGGCGCCCCUUCGAAGGGAUCCACCAAAGCGUCUCUGAAGAAGAAACAGAGCUGCGUUAAAGAAUGCGGCGACACAUACAAACCGAUUUGCGCCGGAGACGCAUCUACCAAAGGCAUCAGCUUUGGAAGCGCAUGCGUGCUCGAAAACUACAACUGCGAAAAUCAUAAAGAACUGAACGUGCUUAGUGAAGGAGAGUGCCCUGGCGGAGGCGGAGUGCGACUGUCUUAAGUUUGAGUAAACUCUUUAAGUAAAUAAAAAAUCGUAACAUGCAAUGUCAUUUUUUUCUAAGUAGAACCUAUACAUUGCUUACUUUACACGUAAGUUUUAGAAAGUGUAUUCUUUAUAGUGAUUUGUUCUUGAAUAAAUAAAUUUAAAAGCCUUAA